GACAGCGCGAGCUACAAGUGUCGGCACAGCACUCUCUGAGGACCUGAGCUCAGACAGAGGAUGCAGACCCCCACCUCCAUGGUGAUGGGUAUCGUCUUCGCCCCGUUGGGUCUGGUGUUGGUCUUCACGGCGGCCAUUACCCCUCAAUGGAGAGAGGGCCAGGUGCAGGUCUACACGGGUCCCGGAGGAUCACUGGGGGCGCUAGGGAGCAUCACCGGCAUCAGGGCAGGUGGCGAUGGCCUCCUCCUGCUGCGCUCGGACGGCCUGUGGGAGACCUGCCUGCAGGUGGCGCACUCUGAGCUGAAGAAGUGCUGGCCCGUCUCGGGCCCGUACGAGCGGGACCGGCGGGUGCGCUCGGCCCAGGGCCUGGUGCUGGCCUCGCUCUUCAUGUGCGGUGCGGGCAUCGUGCUGGCCAGCGUUGGCGUGCGCUGCUGGACCGACCUGCCCCUCAGGGGCAUAGCCGCGGCGGGGGGGCUCCUGGUCGCCAUGGCAGGGCUACUCAGCAUCGCCGCGCUCGGCCUGUACACGCACAAUCUGCUGUCGCUAGGCAACGAGGAUCAAUUGGGUUCGGGUGUUGCCCAGCAGAAGCUACCGGUCGUUCAUCGUGAUGUGCCCCGGCUGACGCUGCGCCCGGCCGGGUCGCUGUACUUCGGCUGGGUGGGCGGCUGGGUGCAGGUGCUGGGCGGGGCGGCACUGAUGCUGAGCUUCAAGAGGCCCCGCCUCUCCUGCCCUACCUGCCCACGGCGCCACCCGGUGGACAGCACUGAGAUCUACGAGGUCACCUGCUGA